CCAAAAACGCGUUUUAAACGCUUGUGACGUGUUGUAUUUUGUAAAUUAUGUUAUUUAAACAUAAUUUACUUAAUUAAAUUAUAUUUUAUACGUGGGCAUUUAUCUUUCUAAACACAAAUAACAUGCUGACCCUGCGAGAGCGGCAAAUAAAUGCAAUUAAGCAAAUGCUUAAUUUAAAUUCGCAGCAGCCGAAAGUCUUGGCCGCGGAGCCCGUGUGGAAGAUACUCAUCUACGAUCGAGUGGGCCAGGACAUAAUAUCGCCAAUUAUAUCUAUAAAGGAGCUGCGAGAACUGGGCGUGACUUUGCAUGUGCAACUUCACUCGGAUCGCGACUCUAUACCGGAUGUGCCUGCCGUGUACUUCUGCCUGCCCACGGACGAGAAUCUGGACCGGAUUCAGCAGGACUUUUCCAAUGGCCUCUACGACAUCUAUCACCUGAAUUUCCUGGCGCCCAUCACACGCAGUAAAAUCGAGAACCUAGCUGCAGCCGCAUUGCACGCCGGCUGCGUGGCCAACAUCCAUCGGGUCUACGAUCAGUACGUGAACUUCAUCAGCCUGGAGGACGACUUCUUCAUACUGAAGCAUCAGCAGAGCGACCAGCUCUCCUACUAUGCCAUCAAUCGAGCCAACACGCGCGACGAGGAGAUGGAGGCGCUGAUGGACUCAAUUGUGGACUCGCUCUUUGCGCUGUUUGUCACGCUGGGCAACGUGCCGAUCAUCCGGUGUCCGAGGAACAGCGCCGCCGAGAUGGUCGCUCGUAAGUUGGAGAAGAAGCUGCGCGAGAAUCUCUGGGAUGCGCGUGCCAAUCUGUUUCACAUGGAUGCCACCCAAGCCGGCGGCGGAGUGUUCAGCUUUCAGCGUCCCGUGCUGCUGCUGCUCGACAGGAAUAUGGAUCUGGCCACGCCUCUGCAUCACACUUGGUCAUACCAGGCACUGGUGCACGAUGUGCUUGAUCUUGGCUUGAAUUUAGUUUAUGUGGAGGACGAUUCGGCCGCCAGUGCGGGAGCUCGCAAGAAGCCCAAGGCCUGCGAUCUGGAUCGCAACGAUCGCUUCUGGGUCACGCACAAGGGCAGCCCGUUCCCCACUGUGGCCGAGGCCAUACAGGAGGAACUGGAGUCCUAUCGCAACUCCGAGGAGGAGAUCAAACGACUCAAGACCUCAAUGGGCAUCGAGGGCGAAUCGGAGAUUGCCUUCUCGCUGGUCAAUGACACAACUGCGCUGCUGACGAGCGCCGUCAAUUCGCUGCCGCAGCUGAUGGAGAAGAAGCGUCUGAUCGACAUGCACACGAAGAUCGCCACAGCAAUUCUGAACUGCAUCAAAGCGCGCCGCCUGGAUUCCUAUUUCGAGAUCGAGGAGAAGAUCAUGUCGAAGCAGACGCUCGACAAGCCGCUGCUCGAGCUGUUGCGAGACAGCGAGUUUGGCCAGCCGGAGGACAAGUUGCGGCUGUACAUUAUCUACUAUAUAUGCGCACAGCAGCUGCCCGAGUCGGAGGCGGAACGCCUGCGCGAAGCACUCCAAGCCGCUGGCUGUGACCUGACUGCCUUGGCGUACGUGCAGCGCUGGAAGUCCAUAAUGAAUCGGUCGCCGAGCAUUAGCCAGGCGACGCAGUACGAGGGCGGCGGCACGCGCACCGUUUCCAUGUUCACCAAGCUCGUCUCGCAGGGCAGCUCCUUUGUCAUGGAGGGCGUCAAGAACCUGGUGGUCAAGCGGCAUAACUUACCUGUUACCAAGAUCACGGAGCAAGUGAUGGAAUGUCGCAGCAAUGCAGAGACCGACGACUACCUCUACUUGGAUCCCAAGCUGCUGAAGGGCGGCGAUGUGCUGCCCAAGAAUCGCGCACCAUUCCAGGACGCAGUCGUCUUCAUGGUUGGCGGCGGCAAUUACAUCGAGUAUCAGAAUCUGGUCGACUUCAUCAAGCAGAAGCAAACGUCCAAUGUGCACAGGCGCAUCAUCUACGGCGCUUCCACGCUGACCAAUGCGCGGCAGUUCCUCAAGGAGCUCUCGGCGCUGGGCAAUGAGAUACAGGCGCCGGGAACGAGUUAGGAGCGACUGCUUAGCUUUCACUGCUGCUGAGAGGAGGACUUGGACUUGGCUGUCGGUGUGUGGCUUCUUAUAUAAAUAUAUAUAU